AUGAGACCGCCAGGUGUGCCACCGCUGCCUCCGCUGCUGCUGCUGCUUCCGCUGCUGCUGCUGGCGCCUUGCUGUCGAGCGGUCGGCAGGCAGCCGGAGCAGAUUCACCUGUCCUUCACCCCGACUCACUGCACAUCUGUGACGGUCACCUAUAGCACGGCCGACGAGUGGGAGACGGUGGUGCGGUACGGCCGGGCGCAGCUGGACUCACAGAAUACCGGUUUCUCGACACUUUUUGUGCAGGGGGCCGAUCAUCACCAGCAGUACAUUCACCGCGUGAACCUGACGGGUCUGGAGCCUGGUGAGCAGUACUCGUACCAAGUGAGCGGUCCCGAAGGCUGGUCAGACGUCUUCCAGUUCUCGGCCAUGAAGCCCGGCAUCGACUGGAGUCCGCGGCUUGUCGUCUACGGCGACCUCGGCUCCGUGAACGCUCGCUCGCUGCCGCAACUGGAGGAGGACACGCAGAAGGGCCUGUAUGACGCCGCGCUUCACGUGGGCGACUUCGCCUACGACAUGGACAGCGAUCAGGGGUACAAUGAAUGA